AUGGCACAAAGAAUCAGCGGCAGCGUCAGCUUCGACGAAGAAUUCGCGCAGUUUAUGGCUGCUCGCGAGGAGGCCAAGAAGAUCAAGAAAGAGGAGGAGGAGGAGGAGGAGGAGGAGGACAAGAAGCGCAAGCCCAAGGACCAGGGCGGCCGUGAUGCCGUCAAAUGUUACCAUUGUCAGCGCAUAGGGCACAAGGCCCAUGAGUGCUAUGAGCGAGAAAAUCAGCGUCAAGCUGACCGUGUAGACGGCUUCAACUUGGCCUAUGUGACAAUCAACCCUUGUCUUGACGCGUUAGAUUUGGGUCUAGCAGCCGAGCAGAAGAAGACCAAGGAUGCUGAGAAGAGGGCCGAGAAGGCCGAGAAGAAGGUCAAGGAACAGGGCGAGAAAAUCGCCUACAUCGAAUACUUUCUUAGGAAGCUUCCCGCCCGGCUUACCACCGAGUAG